GCUAGCUAUUCGAUAAGUAAAAAUAUCUUAAAAUAACAUUCUUUAUUAAUCAUUCUUUUUUUGAUUUUCUUAGCAUACGUUUUGUAUCUUAAAAGUGUAACAACUAUUAAAUAUAUUUAUAACUAGUUUAUAAAAUAGAAAAUUGAUAUAAUUAUGAAAAUGACUGGUCGAUAAUAACUUUUGGAUCAAUAAUUUGGAAGUUUUUAACAUUCUUAUACCUAGACGGAGGAGAGGAAAGUUAUCAAGUAGGAAAAUAUUUCAUUUAUAAUACAUACAGUAGAGAAUUUAUAGAAAAUGUACUGAUGUCUUAUCACACAUUUGAAUCAAUUAAAGGGAUGAACAUUCAGUUAAAUGAAGAAGACAUCUAUAAUUUAUCGAAUACCUGUCAUUUUGAAAAUAUUAUGUUAGAUUCAAAAUUUAAAUCACUAAUAAAAUAUUCACAAAAAAUUGAAUCUUUGCAAUGCGUAAAUGGUAUAAUUGUGUAUAAUCUAUUAACCGAAAUAAAAGAGGAUUUACGGACAAAUAAACCACAAAGUUUUGGUGAACCAAGUAUUUAUACAAAUGCUAUAAAUAUUAUGUCGAGAAUGUUAUCAGUAUUACUUUUUGGACAUUCUUUUGCUCACAACUGGUUGUGGAAAGCAUACAUAGCCGUACGUGCAGCUGAUAGUUGGCCUUAUUUAAUUUUUUCAAAUUACACCAUAAAUUUUGAACAACAUGAAAAUGAUAUAGUAAACUAUUUAAAACUUUGUCAAAAAAACUACUAUUUACCCAACAUAGUAGAUAUACGACAUCCGCACUUUUAUAAAACUCUUGGUAUAUCCAAUGUGUACGACUUUAUUAAAUCUUAUUAUGAAGAUAAUUCCACCUAUUUAACUGUACCACCGGAUAAUGUCACAAACCUAAGCUCAAUAUAUUUUUAUAACUCCGCUUUUCAUUUUGAUUAUUUAAUAUUAGCUGAUUAUUUUUACAGAGAAAAUACACUAUUUAGUUUAACAGAAAAAUUAGGUAUUGAUUGGACGGAAUUAAGUUAUCAUCUUCGUACAGAAAAAGCCAAAUUAUUAAUAGAUUAUCGUACUAUAGAGUGGGCACAAAAUCCUUUUAAAUUCAUCAAAUACCAUGACAUUAUACAUAAAACCGUUAAGAUUAAUAUUUAUUUAAACAUUUGGUUACAAUUAUCAUUAUUUAUCAAUGCAUUUGAAAUAGUCGAUAUAUAUUGUGAUAACAUUGAUAAAAUUAUUAGGUCCACAUUGUCUUGUCUCGUCACCACAUUCAUAGAUUUUUUAUGCAGUGAAGACCCGCUAUUAUGGUCAAUACAUUUCAAACUUAUCCAGAGAAAUAAAAAAUUUAACAUUAGAGAUUUCGAAGAAUUGAAGCCUACAUUGAAUAAACUAAAAAAUGAAAUUAUUAAUGAUAUAAACAUAAUAGGUAUUAACCAACAAGAAAUAUUAAAAGUUUUUAAAAACUCAUCACGAUUUCAAGUUUUUGAAAAGCUUGAUACCUUAAGUAUUUUCAAUGAAUUAGAUAGACUUCAAGCUUUGACCGACGAUAUUAAAAACUCAUGGAUUCCUGUUUUAAAUGAUAAAGAUUUAGCUGACAUCAGUCAUUUUGCUAAAACAUUUUUAAAAAAUUUUAUUUUAACCUUCAAAUUUGUGGGAAAUUUUGAAAAAUCAUUAAUUAUACUUAAAUUUAAUUUUAUGAAUUUCUAUAGUAAUGGGGCGUUAGAUUUAAAUACUACAUUUACUCCCAUUAAAAUUAAAUAUCAUAAUAUUUGAAAAUAAAAAUAUUUAUUUGGAAACUUUUCAAAAAAGUAAUCUUCUUAUUAUCUAUAAUUUUUAUAGCAUAUGUGAUAUAAAAUUACACAAAUU